CGUAUAAAAACACGAGGGACUGUUUUGUUUGCCGAUUUUUGAUAAUUUUUAAGGAUUUUCCGUUUUUAAAGGAUGCCGCAGGAUACGAAACGCAUUAAUGGGCCGGAAAUAUCCACCUCGUACCACAUCCACUGUGAGGCAAACAAUCGGCAAUCGUUCGAGGAGCGGCUUGAACAAGCAAUUGAUGGAAAAAAUAAGAGAAAAGACGGCAGAAGCUUCACAGAGAGCCGCAAAUAUUUUGUGAAAGUUGGUGUAGUGUCCACGGCCAAAGGAUCGGCAUACAUUGAGCUGGGCAACACCAAGGCGAUCGUGUCCGUGUUUGAUCCAAGGGAAAUACCGAAACAAAGCAAAUAUUGCGCUUUGGGAGAACUGUACUGCGAUUUCAAGUUUUCGCCCUUUGCGUCGCUCCUGCGGAAAACACCGCAGUCGGAUACGCGUGGUCGCAGUUUGGCGGCGGCAUUAGCUAGCGCCCUGAACCCGGCCGUAUGCCGGCACUUGUUUCCGAAUCUGCAGAUCGAUGUGUUUGCGAACGUGCUGGAGGACGAUGGAUCAGCUCUGGCGGCGGUAAUCACUGCGGCCGGCUUAGCCCUAGCCGAUGCCUGUAUCCCUAUGUUCGACAUUGUUACCGCAACGAGUGCCGCAAUUCUCGGAGACCGCAUCCUGGUGGAUCCAACGGCGGAGGAAGAGAGUCUAUGCAUGGAAGGAUUCACGAAGGAUAAUCAUGGGAUUGUAAUGCUCGCGAAGCUCCCAACACUGGACCAAGUGCCGGAGAUACGCCAAUCGGGAAACGUUGAUGUGGAAACGCUGUGGCAAGCAUGCACCCGCCUGAAUGCGGCCUGUACCGAGCUGGUGCCGAUCGUGCAGCACGUCUUGGUGAGCAAGGUCAAGUCUCGGUUGGACGAAAUCGAUCUAGAGAGUGACGACGAUGGUGAAACGGUGGAAGUCAAGAAUGAAAAACCGGAUGAGGACACAUCCGAAGACCGGUGAAUAAAAGAAUUUA